AUGGCAGCUGCAACCGAACGCGACAUCCAAGCGACCUCCCGCCGAGACUCCUUCACUGGUGUAGCGGCCCGGAGUGUCCCUGUGACUCGAACCCAUCCCCACCCCCUUCCUACUCCUCCCAACUCCAUAUCACCAGCGCUGCCGCCGCACGGGCUCAAGGCCCAGUUGCAGAAGGCGGCCAAGCUGGAGCCGAUCGACUCCGACCUGGACUUGCAUGAUCUCAGCGACGAUUAUGGCUCACCCGCCGCCGCCCACCGCGGAGGCGUCGCUGCCCUUGCUGCUGCGGCAGCUGCGGCAGAGACGACUGCGGACGGCUACGGGUCGCCGCCUUUUGAGUCGACCGAUGCGAUCUCGCCGGCCAUGCUGGCCAAGUUUCACCUGCCCGAGAUUUUGCUGAACCAUGGCCCCCUGGCCAUUCGAUAUAUCAUCGGACACCUUACGGCUUCAGUGCCCGGGUUCUCCUUCAUACCACCAGCAAAGUCUCGGAGAUUGGUCGUCGCGGCGUUGGAAGGACGAGGAAAUGGGGCAGACGGCGGGAUGGGUGGACUGGAGGGCGACGUGGAGUUCCAGAAGGUGAGCUGGGGAGUCUGGGGAGCCAGACGGGUUGGUGGUGGUGCCAGGCAGCUGGCCUGGACACCAGCGGCCCACGGUUCACUCGGUAUCCCCAUCGCCGGCGGAAGUGGAGGUGGGAGUGGAGGAGGCCUCGGUGUGGACCGGCUGCGGCAACACACCGAAGGGUCUGGCGCCCUUUACCGGGAUCCAGACCUUAAAAACAACAACAUCCGGAACAUGAACGUGGCGGAGGACGAGGCCGACAGAAUGUCCAUGGACGACGAUGACGGCCCUGCCUCGGCGUCGUGUUCCGAAGCCCCGGACGAAGACAUGAUGAUGGACGACGACCCAGAAAAUCUCACAGACGACGAAGAUUGGGGCGCCGUUGGAGCUGCUGCCCUUCGUGCAGAAUCCUAUUCCAACUCUGCCGCCGCGGGUCGGUUCGGCAGUCCCGUUUUCAUGUCUUCACGCCCGUACGGCUCUUUCAGCAAAUUUGGCACCGCAGGCAGCAGGCACUUCUCCUUCAGUGCCAGCGCGCGGGCAACCAGCCCCCAAGUACAAAAUGCCCUGGCGGCGACGGGCUUCAGUCCCUUCCAGGGUGCCUCGGACGAACAAGAGCUUGAGGCCAUUGAAGGCCUUCUUCGUCUUGGGUCUGUAUAG